UGUCCCAGGAAUCAUGGUGCUGAAGCUGCAGCACAAAUUCAGCAGCCAAUGAUCACAGGAGAAUCCGGGGAUACGGAUGCUUUCACCCAGAGCAGGACAGUCCGACAAUCGUGUUGGAUUUUAACGGAGGGAUUUAAACCCAUCGGCUUGUUCCUCGGACAUGGAAAUUCGAUAAUUGGGGAUGUAAGCUUCACGCAGACUUGUCAGCGACCUGCAGUCUGGCAGGAGCUCUAUGAGAAAAAAAAAAUCCCGAAACUGUGAGUCGUAGAGAAAUCGGGGUAGCUCGCCAGGUAAGACAGAUUUCGCUUCCUAACAUGGCACGCCAUCGAUUGACUUGAUUUGCUUUGAAAAGCCUCAGACGUCGACAGUAAUCUGAGCUGUGCUGAUUCCAAAUGUGUCUUUCGGUGUUGUUGGAAUAUUUGAAUUUUCAAGAAUGAGCGCUGACAUUUUGUUAGUCUGUAUCAGUCUAUUGUACCAAAGGCAGAUUUGAUUCGUGGUUUCUGCACUCGUCGUGAAUCUGGAGGGAGAAGCCUGUCUAGAUAGUUUAUGUUGCACAGAGCAGGCAGACCAUUAAGGCCAUGAAAUGACAGUGGACACUGAGUGAACGAGCCAUAGCCUUAUUACUUGAAUUCAUAUUCCUAUCAAUCUAACAUUUGAUUUUCCUCUUUUAGCUGUUCCAUUUAUUGAACUUAAUGGCUUCAGACACUUGUUUGCAUCGAUGGGAUUUGUUUGCCUUUUGGAUUUACAUUCUCGUGGGAAGACAAUAAAGGACUUUGAUUUUCAAUAUACCAAUAUCAACAUAGAAAACUAAAAGGCUGCUUUAUAACCUCCCCAACAAACGCAGGAGAAAACGCACCCCCACUAUCCCAUCCCACGGCAUAUGAAGAAGUGUUUGCUCAUGACGGGGACACAUACAGUACAUGCUGUUUUCUUCCAGCACCUUUGUAUGGUGCUGUGAGUUUGUGGCCGGAUACAGCCUAAUGCUGCGCAGCCAGGGCAUGCUGAAGAGCCGCUGUUGCGUCCUGCUCGGUGACCUGAGGGUGCUCCUUCUCGGGCCACCGGCACCGCCGACACCGCUGCCUCCGCUGACCCCCAUGAGCGUCCAAGGCACGGAAAGCCAUGAAACAGGCGUCACCGUCCCCGACAACAACAACACGUUAACGCGGAGCCACCAGCAGCACGCAGGGGACCGGGUUGCCCCACCUGCAGCAGGAGCCACCGGGCCACCGGGCGGAGAGCGACCGGGCUGGGUUGAUGCUGCAGAGCUGUCGGCGGCCCUGCGCGGAUGCAGCAGCUCUUCUGAUGACUGCUCAAAGGGCAAACUGGAGGAGAGGUUCUCCCUCACCAGCUACACGGAAAGUGGCUUCAGGACUCCCGUGUGCAGGAUCUGCUUCCAGGGACCAGAGCACGGGGAGCUCCUGAGCCCAUGCCGGUGCAGUGGGUCAGUACGCUGCACCCACCAUCCCUGCCUCAUCAAAUGGAUCAGCGAGAGAGGCUCCUGGGCCUGUGAACUCUGCUACUACAAAUAUCAGGUCAUUGCCAUCAGCACCAAGAACCCAUUACAGUGGCAGGCCAUCUCCUUGACAGUGAUAGAGAAAGUGCAGAUAGCAGCAGCCAUCUUGGGCUCCCUGUUCCUGAUGGCGAGCAUCUCCUGGCUGGUGUGGUCGUCUUUCAGCCCGUCAGCCCGCUGGCAGCGACAAGACCUGCUUUUCCAGAUCUGCUACGGAAUGUACGGCUUUAUGGAUAUCGUCUGCAUCGCAUUAAUUGUCCACGAGGGACCUUCUGUGUUUCGCAUCUUCCACCGCUGGCAGGCCGUGAACCAGCAGUGGAAAGUCCUGAACUAUGAUAAGUCUAUGGACAGUGAUGACCUGAAGAAUGCCACUGUGGACAGGACUCUGUCUCAGCCCAGCCCGGUCUACCAGACUGGGGUAGGGGUGUCCACCUCCACCUCCUCGCUCAUGGUGGUAGCCUCCACAGCCGACGGCUCCACCUCUACAACCAUGGUGACGGCUGCGGGAGGACUGGGAACACAUGUGGACCCCAACAGCGGCAGCACAGUGCCAGACCAACACUGUCCCUACAACAUCCUCCACCUCCUCAGCCACCUCAGGCAGCCGGAGGCCCGCAGCCAACCCAGCAAUAGCACACGAGAGCUGGUCAUGAGAGUCACUACAGUCUGAGGAGUCAGUUGAGGCCUUAUCUCACACGGAGGUGAAAGAUUUAUGAACCAGCUGACAGUUGAAAAAAAAAGUCAUAUCUUAACUGCACUGGAUUAAUACCAUGUUCUUGUUUGUUUCAAAAUGCAUCUCUGAUGUCCUUACAUGGAUUGAAUAAAAGUC